GGUGGCUGCCUCCGGAAGCAGAAGUGUGCGUCGGUGGCGCUGCCGGAGGUGAUUUUGCGGCUCUUCUGUGCUGCCGGCUGCGGUGGAGUGGGCCUGGCCACUGCCGCUCUUUUUGGUCCCUUUUGUAUUCUCGGGGGGCUUUGCUCCUCGCCUCCGCUAUGCACCCCGUUUUCCAGAGCAGCCGGCGCGACUUCACCUUCGGGCCGUGGAAGCUGAGCGCCGCCCGGACGCACAUUAUGAAGUCAGCGCAGGCCGAGAGAUUGGCUGAUGAAUUGCACAUGCCCUCCCUGCCAGAGAUGAUGUUUGGAGACAAUAUCCUGAGAAUACAGCAUGAUCGUGGUUUUGGAAUUGAGUUCAAUGCAACAGAUGCUUUAAAAUGUGUCAAUAAUUGUCAAGGUAUGAUCAAAGUGGCUUGUGCAGAGGAGUGGCAAGAGAGCAGGAGUGAGACUGAACACAGUAAGGAGGUUGUCAGGCCAUAUGACUGGACUUACACGACAGAUUACAAAGGAACUUUGCUGGGAGAUACUGCAACGUUAAGGGUUGUCCCUACUACAGAACACAUAAAUACAGAGAAAUUGAAAGCCAGGGAACAAAUUAUGUUUUUUGAAGAAGUACUUCUAUUUGAAGAUGAACUUCAUGAUCAUGGAGUAUCAAGUUUGAGUGUAAAAAUAAGAGUUAUGCCUUCCAGCUUUUUUGUGCUGUUGAGGUUCUUCUUGCGAGUUGAUGGCGUACUUAUCAGGAUGAAUGACACAAGGCUUCACCAUGAGGCUGACAAAGCCUACAUGCUGCGAGAAUACACAUCCAGAGAAAGCAAAAUAUCAAGUUUGAAGCACGUUCCACCUUCCCUGUUCACGGAGCCUAAUGAGAUCUCUCAGUAUUUGCCCAUAAAGGAGACAAUCUGUGAAAAACUAGAAUUCCCAGAAAUGCUGCAGCCUAAACCAGAAGCACCACUGGAAGACACAUGUGUUAAGUCUAACUAAAUAUGACUUGAUACGGACUGGAACUUGGCUGGAGAUAACGUGAUCAUGUAACCAUUGCCAUGGGGGGCAGUUUCACUAUCAGUGGAAUAAAAAUUUGGCUAUUUUUUCUGUAGCCCUGAGAGAAAACAUUUCAAGCAAGUUUUGCUAAUGAUCUGGGGUUUUUGUUGUUGUUGUUGAGGUUAUUUUGUUUGUUUGAUUGUUUUGGUUUUUUUAAUCCUGUACCAGAGUUAAUGGUAGAUUGAUGGCGAGUUACAGUUUUCAAUGGCUUUAGAGAAAGACUCUCAUGAUUAAGAGUCUGGGUUCUGCUUAGUUCACUGGUUAGGCAGGAGUAUGAUCUAGAUGCUCCACCACAAACACUUCUGUGAAGACUUUGUUACUGCUGCUUCAGAUUUUCUUGAGAAAUCAUCCACAGUUAAAAAAAAAAAUCUCUGCAUCUAUUUUGAGCUGUCAUUCCCAAACUAAGCAUUUUGCUUGGCUUCCCCUACUGCAAGCCAAUAGCUUACAAAGCUACUUUUUGGAGUAUAUGAUCCAGACUCUAAUUUAAGAAUAUUCAUUUAAUCUGAAGGUAGGUUUAAGGAGAAAAACAAAAAUGUGGUUUAACACUACAUAAAGGUAAAACUACCUUGUUUGUGAGGCAUUAACUCCAAAGCAGGAGAAAAGCUGGAGGUUAACAGAGGUACAUAUUGGUAAGUCAAAUGCUAGUUUAAUUUCAUGUCAGCCAAAUUUCUCUAGACAGUUCUGGAGACUGUUACUUGGAGUCUGCUGCUGCAGUCAUAUAGUGUAUUAGUAUACUAAAUGGUGCCUGCUUAUGAUGGUUAGAUGAUUAUACAGCCCUGACACUCAAACUGCUACACUGCAGAGGGGGUUAGGGCUGAGAAAGAGAGGGGUGUUUAGUCUGUAAUCCCUAAAGGAUAUGGUAUUUGCAAUUUGAGAAACAUACAGCCUUAAAAAGACAUGAAGAUGUAUUCCAGAUAAAUCAUUUUGGCUUAUCUUUAAAAUUCUGUAAGUUCUGAUAUUAAUAGAAGUAUGAUCCAGAUGUACAGUUACGGUUUUAACUCAACACUUUGUAAAUCAAACUUUAAAUACUCAUACUGCUUUUGGAAAUCCUCAGUUAUGUUGAAGGCUUGGCUUAAGAAUGAGGGAGCUAAACAGACUUGUCUUCACAAUGAGUGAAGUGCAAGAAGCAAGUGACUCUAGCAGAAAGAAGGCCUUGUGGUUUAAGGUGGUGGCAAAUACAAAUAUGUACGUAUUCUGAUAUAUUUGGGCUCUUGUUUUAAAUUCUUCAUGUUCUACACUGCAUGGCUGAAUAGAAACAACCCACCUCAAAACCUGGUAUUUAACCAGGUCUUUUGAGAACCUGUUUUCACUUAAAGAAGAACAUGAAGCUUUUAGUCUACUGCCAUCUAAGUGUUUUCUUAAUAAAAACAAACAACUCAUUUUGUUUCACUUUUAUUUGUGCCAAUCUGGACUAGUGAAUUGAUGGAAAAAGUUGAAAGGCAGGAACUAACUGCAGUUUCCCCACUGUCACUGAUUUACACCCAUUCUCUGUGCCCUAUAUGUAAAAAUGAGAGUUGAUAUGUGCCUACCUCACUGAGGGUCUGUGAGGAUUGCUUUGUAAAAAGUUAGGAUUAGAAUAUGAAUUUUUCCUGAAUACACCUUUAGCCUUAUCUUUGGAAUCCUUUGAAAGGAGUAGUGCAGAAAGUCUUCUGAUCCACAAGUAAAAAUGAGUGAAGAGAACUGAAAUUAGACACUUUCUGAAAGAAAUUAUCAGCUAGACAUGAUCCAGGUGAGUGAAUUUAUGUGCACUUCAAAACCGAGGCCAGGUCCUCUGUAUUCAUGAUUUCAGUCCUAAAUUCUGCUGGCUGCUUUCAUUUUCUUGCAUUUCUUUCCUAAAGAUUUUAAUGUCAGGAUAAAGAAGGGGCUGCAAAUGAAUGCAGCAUAGAAGUGAUCUAAAUUAAUUUGGUAAUAGAAGAUUAUUUACGUCCACUCCAGUGACAGAGAGAUGUGGGGAGAGAAUGAAAAUGAAGGAAACAACAAAUGGAGGUGAAAGGUGGUAGAAGUAAAUCAUGGCACUUCUUUUACUGUAAGCAUAUAUUGGUUUACAUGUCUUAAAGGUUUCUAAAAACAUAAUUUAAAGCUAGCAGUAAGAGGAGAGGUGAUGUAGCACUAACUUGAAGGAAACUAUAUCUGCAUUCAUUAAUUAAAAUUGUUAUUUGGGUUUGGCCAGUGAUGCUAACUAACAUCGAGCUCCACUGGGCUAAAGUAUAGCGGGAAUGGACCCACAGAAUCAACACCUACCAUUGAGCAGGGUGUUCUGCAUGUUUAGCUUAUCCUGUGUAUUUUUAUCAUAUCCAUCAUACAUACCUGUUGAUACAGUUGUCUUGAAUGGACUUGAAUCUUGACUAUAUAGAGCUGUGAUAUAGAUUAUCUAUUUUGGGUGCUGUGUAUUUAAGUGGAACACGUGUUGGGGAAAUCACAAGAACAUGUUUAGAAAUUCACAGUUACUACAAAGUAAAACUUGAAGCUUUGUGUGACUCUUCAGCCACACAGAUUAUUCAGAAGCAGCAGUAUAAACUGGUGUACCACAAUCUCUCUAGUUCAGAUCUUCCACAGAAGAGUACUGCUUUGCAUACAUCAUUUUAGGGGGAGGGGGUGAGGUGAUUCUCCAGAUGUUUAACAUGUGACACUUUAUAUUCUUUCCUGUGUCUCACUAAAUAAAAUGUACCAAACAUUUUAUAGUUGUUUUUAUCUGAGGAAAAUAAACUGAAAUAACUAUUUGUGAUGCUGAGUUCUGCA